AUGGCUGGACGGGCAGCACUGCUGCUGGGGCUGCUGCUGCUGUCCCACCAGCCUGGGCACGCAGCAAUCCUGGAAGCCAACGGCAACCGGAGCUGCCGCUGCCUGAAGAUCACCCGAACCUUUAUCCCGCCGGAGAAGUACAGCAGCAUCGAGGUGUGGCCCGUGGGGAGCAGCUGCCGGCGGCCCGAGGUGGUGAUUAAACUGAAGAACCAGAAGAGGGUCUGUGUGGAUCCUGACGUCCCUUGGGUGAAGAAACUCUUGCACGACCUCCCUCAGCUGAGGAAGAAGAAGGCUCCCCGCUGAGGAAGCUGCCACCAGAGGCACGGCCAGAUGUGCUGGGCCCAAAACUGCCUCCCUUCCCCAUCCUGCUGUUGCCUUACCCAAGUCCAGAGGGGAGCAUGCUGCUGCCUGAGCCCCUCUUUAUGUCCUUUAAACCCUGAAAAAUGCCCAUCCCUGCUUCCAGCCUCUCCCAUCCCAUAGCCCUGCACUGGGUGUCCCCUUUGGGGCACGAGCCAGCAGGCCCAAUAAAGGUGGCAGCCCUCUGUCACUGUC